AUGAACAACGCUGCGUUUAACGGGUAUACGCCAUCGGGGUUCAACCGUCGACUUCCAACCGUCGACGAAAACCGUAGAGAUGAUGCGAGAACAAAAACUGCACCGCACUCGUUAGUCCGUAGGGCUAAUGCUUUCUUCUAUCGAGCAAUUUUGAAAGAUGUAUCGAGUGCCGUAGACGGUCUGGGAAAUGCGAGUGGUGGUCGAGCAUCAUCUAGUGGUAUCGUGAUAUCAAACCUACCAUUUCUACACAUUCCGGUCAAAGGCGAUGAUUUUAUUGCUGUUCGAAUUGCAGUCGUCCGUAAUGUACAAUUGUAUUGUGUGCAGAUAGAAGAUAACGGCCCGUUGAUAAUUGACAUGAUGGCUCGUAUAACAAAAUUGAGAAGAAGUGACGGUUUGAGACGGGGAAAAAUGCACUUCGAGCAAGGAGAGGUUGUUCUGGCUAGAUUUUCGGGUGACCGUAAAUUAUAUCGUGCAAGUGUGAUCACAAGAGUUGAUUCGAACGAAUACAGAGUCUUUUUUUUGGAUUAUGGAAAUAUGGAGAAAGUGCUAGUUGAAGAUAUGUAUGAACUGAAUGAUGAAUAUCUGUUGACGACACCACCGCAGGCUGUAUUCGUAGAACUGGAUGGUGUUAGUCGAUCGGAACUGUCCAGAGAACAGUUCGUUACCUAUUUCAUCAAUCGUACCGUCGGCAUUAGAUUGUGUUAG